AUGACCCCCCACGCGAACCUCUUCCUUUCAGAAGUAAUACUGGGCAUCGUAUUCCUGUCCCUGACGGCAUACAACAUAUCCCGAACACCACGAGAGACAGGGUGGUGGUACAUUGCCAUUUUCUGCCUAUGUAUGCACCCGAGCAACAAGUUUCCUCCCGGGAAGCUGGCUGCGCUGGCAAAGCUAACGAAGUAGCCAACCAGUCAGAAUAACCGGCAGCGCCCUCCUACUAACGAUCACGGUCAAGCGAUCGCAUGCCGAUAAAUCGCUAAUCAUACCCGCCAUCGUGUUCUCCGGGAUCGCGGUGUCGCCGUUGCUAGCUGCCUGCCUAGGGUUUUUGAAUUCAUGGUCGGUCAUAUGAAGCCGGUGCCGUUCUCUCUUGCAAGCGUUUCAGAUGGCUGAUUUUUGAAAAAAAAAAAAAAGCACCCAGCAUUUGACAACGAUCUACCAUCCCAUUCUCCGACUGCUAGCCUUGACGCACUUAUUCGUUCUCGCGGCACUAAUACUCAACACCGUUGGCGGGGUGUUAAUACCCCUCCACUCCACCACCUCUUCCUCCUCCCCAACUCCCCCCUCCGCGUCGGCGAUAGCUUCGCUGAACCACGCGAUAACCUAUAUCCGUGCGUCGUCGCUUCUCUUCCUCACCUCCUGGGUGCUGAUCCUCCUCUCCUUGGCGAUUCUAUCCCGCCAUUGGAGGGCUUUCGCGUGGACGGCUAGGGCGUUUUACGUGGCGGUGCUGGGUGGCAUGCCGUGUCUGUUUGUCAGGAUCCUGUAUGCAGUGUUGGCGGCGUGGGAUCUGGGGAAGGGGGGAGUGGUGGUGCCCGGGGGCGGGAAUCGGUAUGGGGUUUUGAAGGGGGACGUGGGGGUGUUGGCGGGCAUGAGGGUUUGUAUGGAGUUUUUGGUGGCUGGGGGGUGGGGGGUUGUGGGGGCUUUGGAGUGGUGGUGGGGGGGUGCGGAGGGGGAGGAGUGGGGAGGGGGA